AGCAGGAGCCCCUCCUCGAUCCUCACCUCCACAGCUAGCAUCGAGCCGCCAUUGAUAGCUACUCCACGGCCAGAAACCCACCGCCCACACACAGCGAGAGCAAGAAGAAGCUAGAGAUCGAUGGCCGGGGAGAAGAAGCAGGGCCUGCAGCUGCUGGACUUCUGGGUGAGCCCGUUCGGGCAGCGCUGCCGCAUCGCGCUGGACGAGAAGGGCUUGCCCUACGAGUACCUGGAGGAGGACCUACUGGCCGGGAACAAGAGCGAGCUCCUGCUCCACGCAAACCCGGUCCACAAGAAGAUCCCCGUGCUCCUCCACGACGGCCGCCCCGUCUGCGAGUCCCUCCUCAUCGUGCAGUACCUCGACGAGGCGUUCCCGGCGGCGACGCCGCCGCUGCUCCCCGCCGCCGGCGAUCCGUACGCGCGCGCGCAGGCCCGGUUCUGGGCGGACUACGUGGACAAGAAGCUCUACGACUGCGGCACCCGGCUGUGGAAGCUCAAGGGGGACGGCCACGCGCAGGCGCGCACGGAGAUGGUCGAGAUCCUCCGCACGCUGGAGGGCGCGCUCGGCGACGGCGAAUUCUUCGGCGGGGAGGCGUUCGGGUUCGUCGACGUCGCGCUCGUGCCGUUCACGUCGUGGUUCCUCGCCUACGAGCGGUUCGGGGACCUCAGCGUGGAGAAGGAGUGCCCCAGGCUCGCCGCGUGGGCCAAGCGAUGCGCGGAACGGCCUAGCGUCGCCAAGAACCUGUACUCGUCGGAGAAGGUCUACGAGUUCAUCUGCGGGUUGAAGAAGAGGUUCGGCAUCGAGUAGAGGGAUAUGGCCUGGAUUGAUUUGAUGCAUCGUGUUCGUGUGAGUUGGUCAUUGUUGUGUUUGUGUGGGUUGAAUCGUUGUUGUGCGUCCUUAUAUUACAUCCUUUGUAUCGAUGUGUCGUGUCUGGCGUACGUGCAGCGGCAGCGGCACCGCCGUGUUGCCUCGAGCACACGUACCGCAGCUGAAUAAAUGGUUCGUAUUGGAUUUUCUUGGUAA